AUGAGAGUCAUUGGCAAGAUAGACGACACGCCCAAUCGUAUGAUUGGGGAUGUGAACCUGUUUUUGUACCCGUCCGAGGACUGUAACGAUGGCGCAGGGGAACAAGGCAAACACGAGACUGGGGAGAUGGACGCGGUGGGCGAGUUGGAGAUAAUGAUUGCCCGGCCUGACGCACGAGGAAAAGGGCUAGCAAAAGAAGCCCUACAGGCGUUCAUCUGGUACAUAUCUACCUCGCUGCCAGCCAUCCUGGACGAGUACGCGAAGGGAGCCAACAACAAAGACAAGCCCAAGUCUCUGAGCUACCUCCGUGUCAGAAUCGACAAGGACAACAUCCCGAGCCUCAGUCUGUUCAAAACGUUGGGCUUCAGCCAAGUUAGCGAACCUAAUUACUUUGGGGAAGUGGAGCUACGGUCAGAGGUUGCAAGGCACGGGAUAGACAAAGCUUGUUUGUUGGCGAAAAGCGUCUCGUACGAAGACUGA